AUGCUUAAUUCUGCCCUUCUAUCGUUACUUGGCAUCGCGCCCAGCUUUUUCGGUAACGCUCUUGCACAGACUUUUACGCCGGCACCUGGCAACUUCCCAGCCAAAGGUGAUGGUGACUUCGCGGGUGGCAUCUUCAGCAUCUCCCUCGCUGAGCUACCUAAAUAUGCUGGCGCGGGUGGAACCGGACCUGAGGCUCCCAAAGGCAAUGGUGCGAAGACAUCUGGCUCAGGACCCUAUCCUGCACAGAUGUUGACCGACUCUUCGCUACCGGGACACACAAUCUUCGCGCCUAAGACUCUUCCAGCCGGAAAUCUCAGUGUGCCUUUCAUUGCAUGGGGCAAUGGAGGAUGCGGCCUCAACGCAGGUAUCUACGAGCGCUUGUUAGUAGAAAUUGCUAGCUACGGAUACAUUAUCGCCGCAGACGGCACGCCCACGGGCUCUGGUUUCCAAUCUGGUCAACAGUCCAAAGUACAGGACAUGCGGGACUCCCUGAACUGGGCGUUUGCAGGCAAAGCGACGAAAUACGGAAACGUCGAUUUGACCAAAGUCACGACUGCAGGCCACAGCUGUGGGGGCCUGGAAGCCAUGUCGACGGCGUACCGUGAUGAGAGGGUGAAGAGAAUCAUGCUAUUCAACAUUGCGAUAUUCCAGGAUGACAGGAGGUACCUACUCAAGGAGAUCAAGGUGCCAAUCGUAUAUCUCAUUGGAGGGCCGAAGGAUAUGGGUUAUAAUACUUCGGCUAAAGAUUAUGCGCUUCUGAACGCGGGGCUUCCCAAACUCAGGGCCAACCUCGAUACUGGCCAUGACGGGACUUUCGCCGCUACAAAUGGUGGCAAACAGGGUAAAGCAGCUGUGGCAUACUUGGAAUGGCAGUGGAGAGGUAACGCGACUGCUCAAGCAUACCUACUUGACGGCGGUCUGGAGAAGGACAACUGGAUUGAAGAGCAUGCCAACUGGGUAUGA